AUGUCUUCCAUUUCUGGGUUCUUGAUUGUGAAGCCUGAAAAUGGUGGGAUUUGGGACCUCUUUAAGUUCUUGGCCAUGAAUAAUCAACAAAGUGUAGCCAAAUUUCUUGAAGGUUCCCAUGGUAAUGGUGGGGUGUUUGAAGAAGAGGUCAAUAGUGAUAACAGAUGGGUGAUAGUUGUGUCGAUAAUAGCGAGGAAAGUUGUAAAGAUGUUUGGGAAGCCUCUGGAGUGGACUGGAUACCUUGUGGAGUUCAUCCUAAACCUUCUCUCUCUCAAUGGAAACUUUCUUGGAUUGGCCUACAGAAUUUUACAUGGAGACGUCGUGAUACCACAAAGAGGCUCGGAAACAUUUAUAAGUGCAGUUGGACAUUUAGAUGGGCGAAUAGAUCUGUACAAGAGUGAUAUGUUGCUUAAAGAUUUCAAUGAACCUGAUAUUCUUAACAAUCUUUUGAAACCAGAAAAGGGAAAUCAGGCUCUUCUUGACCUGUGCAUAAUGGCUUCAAAAUUAGCCUACGAGAAUGCUAAGGUCGUUAGAAAUGUCGUAAAUCUUCACUGGAAGAUGCAUUUUGUGGAUUUCUACAACUGUUGGAAUGGUAAAGUGCAUAUGGGGUUCUUAGAGUCCUUAGGUUUGGGCACUAGAAAGAAUACCUCGACAUUCCAAGAAAAUCUCCAAGUAAAAAAUGUUAAUUCUGGUAAUUUGAAUGGUCUUUAUGCAAGUAAUCCCUCUUCUGAAGAUUAUAAAUUGUCUACCUCUAAUCAACAAGGUGGUUUGGACCAGUCUUCUGACAAGAAGCUCCUUCUAGUGAUGGGAGAGAGGACUGCAUAUUAUUUCGUGAAAAGUAAACUCAAAAGCUUACUAAAGGAACAUAAGAACGCAAAAUUUGUUGUCACAGGGCAUAGUUUGGGAGGAGCACUGGCCAUAUUGUUUCCAACAGUGCUAAUUCUUCAUGAGGAGGACGAGGUCAUGCAAUGGUUGUUAGGUGUGUACACGUAUGGACAGCUGAGGGUUGGUAACAGGCAGUUAGGGAGGUUUAUGGAAUCACGUCUAGAGUAUCCCGAUCCGAAGUACUUCAGGGUAGUGUAUUGCAAUGAUAUUGUUCCAAGGUUACCUUAUGACAAUAAAACCUUCUUGUAUAAGCAUUUUGGGAUAUGCCUAUACUACAACAGCCUCUACAUUGAACAUAAAGUUGAUGAAGAACCAAACCCAAAUUACUUUGGGAUUCGAUUCCUGAUACCUGAAUAUAUGAAUGUUGUGUGGGAACUAUUUAGGAGUUUGAUCAUAGGUCACAUGCAUGGGCUAGAGUAUAAGGAAUGCUGGGAAUCGACUCUAUUGAGGAUUGUAGGACUAGCAAUCCCUGGUCUCUCGGCUCACAGCCCAGUAGAUUAUGUAAACUCUGUACGGCUUGGAAGAAUGGAUCAGUUCAGAUAA